UGAAACGAUGCGAGCGGCCUUCCGCGGGCACGACUGGUCCUGGAUCAAUCGCGUAUGUUUUUUCUUGUUGCCAGAAGAUUCUUCGAGCCUCGUUUACCCGCAGGCGGGCCUGGCGUACCGCGAUAGCCUUCUCUUUUUCUUGGCCCAUACGUUCAGGUACAUCCUAGAGCUCAACAUCAGCUCAUUUCACUUCGCACCCGACCUCGACGUCAAGGAACUGCUUCAGGAUGCCACGCUGGCAAAGCUACGGUACCUGCGGUCGCUUUCUGCGACCCCUUGCGGCCUGCGUCGCCUGUCGGCUCUGCGCCUACUGGCGCAGCACUGCCAAGACUUCAGGGAAUUGGACGUCCGCUACGAGAAGAAGGGCGGCGUGGUCUGCUGUGCCGGCUGCGAAGCGGACGUCCCCCUGGAUCCCGACGCGCCGACCAGAGUUCCGGGCGGCUCGGUCGGUUUUAGGAAUCGGCUCAUCCGGCUCACCGUGUGCGGCGUCAGGUUCCCCGUGGGCCUGCACUUCAUCGAGUGCUCCGGCCCGACCACGAUGGUGCGACUCUCCGGCUGCUCCGACCCCUCGAACCAGCACUACACGCAUCUGGCUAAGCUACUCUCCGAAAGAAGCUCGCCCAUCUGCCUUGUCCUUCGGCACGAACGUCUACAAAUUCGCGACGCCUCUCUAAUGGCCAACCUUUCUAGCGUCCCGAGCCUGUUGUACUUGUACCUUCUGUCGACGGUGGCCUACCCGGACGAAGUCGCAGAGUCCUGCUUCCUUGCGCUAAGGACUACCCUCCCUCGCCUGCGGUACCUGCACUUCCAUUACCUAUCCUUGAACGGCGUGGACCGGAGUCUCACGUGGUUGCGUAGCGAGGACGAUCCACAGGACGGCGGCGACCUGCUUCGCAACGCUCCCUGCUACCAGUGUUGCUCGACCGCGACGUUUAUAGGACUCGCCAAGCCCAUGAACCGAGACUUCGUGCCGCUUGCGCAGGCUAAGCCUCGGUGACGGUCUGACCAAUCGUAACUGCUUGCUGAAUUUUCAACGCUGUAAAUGUGCGCAGACGGU